AGAUUAUGAGCGAUCGAUCUUCAUUUCUUGUUUUCUAUGUCUUAUUGAUAAAGUUUUUCAGUGACGGCGAAUCGGCGAUGGCUUUGGUUUUCCGAUGAUAAUGAUUUUGGCCGUACCAGUACACUACAGACGUUGUUUAAUUUCUCGAGAGAGUUUGUUGUCUAAGGAUACGUGAUGCAUGCGACAGUUACAAUCUGAUCAUCGCUGGUAAAGCUUUGAAUUAAACGCGAGUUUUUAAUUCUCUCAAGACUUUAUCGUCCUUCUUCUGCUUGCUUGCUUGAAAUCAGAUUUAGUUCGUGAAUCGUGAUGAAUCAAUCAGCUGAUUGUUUUGAAUUGACACUGGUGGUACUGGUAUAGUGACUAAAUAGUGCUUGACAUGGCUGUUUUCACUCGUCUGCAACGGUGGUUGUGGGUUGGAAAAGAUAAGGAGUCAAUUAAUUGUUCACCUAAAUGGGGUUUAGGGUCGAAGGAAAUGGACAGUGUUAGAUUUCCUUCUUUAGUUAAGGGAUCGAUCAUGGGUUCUUCAAGGAGAAAAGGCAAGAGGGAAGAAAAGAGAAUCGACAAGGAGCACGAUGCUGUCCUGGUAUCAAUGGACGAUUCAGAGUCAGACUGGUCAGUUGGAUGGGUGGAACCUCAUGCCCCUCAAUUCCAGAGUGAUGAUAUUGCAGACAACAGUUUUGCUGUGUUGGUUCCUUGCUAUAGGCAUGAUGAUCAUCAGUGCAAGGAAUUGAAAUCUAAGCAGGAAAAUCUCAUUAAUUAUCUCCCAGUGGAGUUCAAUGAUAGUAGAAAAUAUGUGGAGCAAUGGCUUUCAUCUCUUCAACAAUAAUAGUAAGAAUUGUGAAACUGGGUAUUAUUAGAAUUUUGAUUUUCAUUUCAUUUGGAGUCUGAUGAUUUGGGAUGAGAUGAUAGAAUCUGAAGGCCAAUUGAUGAUGGGUGUACUUCCAAGCAUGUGGAAAUGUCAACAUAUUAACAUUUCAUUUCAUUUAAUUCAUGAUUGAUGAUUGAUGCUGAUCUUCUUCUUCUUCAUUUGAUGUGGACCAUGAAUGUGCACAUGGUUAGGGUUCUUGUAUGAGAGAAACAUAGACUGUACUAAGAUUUGAACCCCACCACUACACCACCUUAAGUUUCCCUAAACCUUAUUAUCUUCAUUAGUUAAACCUAAUAAUCUCUGCUUUGUUUUGCACAAGGUAA